CUCAGUUGGUGGUUCGCGUUACACCUGCAGUUCCCGACACUUGCGGAGGGCUAGGCGGGAACGAGCAUUUUAGAUAAGUGUUAGUUGGGCGCUGGGACUCAUUGGAGAGGGAGCAUGCGUGUAAUGCUGGUCUUGAGUUUGAAGAUGUGAGGGGCCCGGCCUGGAGAGCAGCCCAGCGCACCAGCCCGUCCUGAUCUUCACGCGCGACCCCUACCUCAACGCCCGCGCCAGCACCACGCCCACCAUCGCCAACAGCGUGAUCAAGGGCGUGCUCACCGCCCUCUACGACCAGAACUUCCACAUGCCCGCGUAAGGGAGCCGACGGCCUUCAGGAUGACUCGCCUGCAGCUGUGGCAGGGCGUGGUGUUCCUCCUGCUGUGGCUCGCCUACGGGGCCACCUACCUCCUGCGCAAGCCCCUGGGGAUCAUCAAGGGCGACCUCGAGGUGGGGUUCAAGGUGAAGCCCUCGAGCCUGGGCUGGGUGGACACGGCCCUGCUCCUGCCCUACGCCCUGGUGUCACUCGCCCUGGGCUCCCUCGGGGACUGGCUGGGGCCGCGCCUCACCCUGGCCGGCGGACGUCUCUCGGCGGCGGCCACCGUGCCCAUGGCCUCGUGCCAGUCGCUGCCCCCCCUGCUGGUGCUGCUGACCGUCAGCGGGGCGGGGCAGGCGCUGUGCUGGCCCGCCGCCUGCGCCCUGCUCUCGCGCUGGUUCUCCGACGCCUCCAGGAACUCCGUGUUCGGCAUGUUCGGCACGUGCUGCUUCCUGGGCGGCCUCGCGGGCACCGGCCUCGCCGUCUACAUGCAGGCGGAGCACGGGUGGCGCUCGGUGUUCCUGCCGCCUGCUGUCAUCGUGGCCUGCCUGGGCGUCCUGGUCAGCCUGCUGGGGAAGAGCCCUGCUGACCUGGGGCUCGUCGUGCCCAACCGGGCGGCCGACCAGCAGGCCAAGGACGGGAGGGAGAGCGGCACCUCCUUGUUCAGGGUGUUCCGGAUGGCCAUGGUGCCCGAGGUGUCCAUGUCCAUGUUCUGCAUCAAGGCCGUGCGCUACGCCCUCAUGUUCUGGCUGCCGCUCUACCUCACGCGGACGCUCGGCUACACCCAGACCGGCGCCGGCCUCGCCUCGACCUCCUUCGAGGUGGGCGGGGUGGUGGGCAGCGCCUGCGUGGGCAUGGUGGUGGACCGGUGGAUGGGCGGCCGCGCCCUGCUCGCCAGCACCAUUGCCAUUGCAGGCUCGGCCGUGUCGCUGCUGCUGUUCAUGCUGACGGCGUCGUGGGGCUUCGUGUUCCACGCCGUGUUCCUGGCCGUCGCGGGCGCCCUCAACUGCGGCCCCGACGUGCUCCUGGCGGGCUCGGUGGCGGCGGACAUCGGGGAGCGGGAGGGCGGCGCGCCGUCGGCCGUGACGAGCGUGGUCAACGGCAUGGGGUCCCUGGGCACGGUGCUGGAGGGCCCCGUGGUGGCCUUCGCGGCGGCCUGGUUCGGCUUCUCGUCCAUGGUCCCGCUCAUGAUCCUGCUGCUGUGCCUCGGCGCCGUGGCCACCUUCCGCGCCAACCAGAUCCACAGACGCACGCUGGGCAGAGUCAAGCUGUCGAAUGAGACUAUAGCGUAACACA